GAGUUGCUUUUAUCGACAGAUGAAAAGCAUCUUUCUAACGUUUUGUGGCUUAUGUCGGCAAAAGAAGUAUUCAAAGCUUUCAAACCAUUUAAUCAAUGUUUUUAAAGAGAAAAAAGUGUAUUGACUUAACUGAUUUAGUAUGAAAGUAAAGUGUUGUGUAUAAAGUUUAAACUUGAUAAGUGGAUGCCUAUUGGUUUCUUAUAUGUCUAAGUGGACUGCAGUCAUACGUAAUGGCGGAUAAGGCGUUACAGUGGAAAUUAGUGGCUAAUCCCACUGGCCCUCAACCCAGGCCUCGCCAUGGACAUCGUGCCGUUGCUAUUCGAGAUUUAAUGGUUGUAUUUGGCGGUGGUAAUGAAGGAAUUGUCGACGAACUCCAUGUUUACAAUACAGCUACCAAUCAGUGGUUUGUACCAGUAACUAAAGGUGAUGUACCUCCAGGAUGUGCAGCUUAUGGUUUUGUUGUGGAAGGUACUAGGCUUUUAGUUUUUGGUGGAAUGGUAGAAUAUGGCAAAUAUAGUAACGAAUUAUAUGAACUACAGGCUUCAAAGUGGGAAUGGAAGAAAAUUAAUCCAAAAAACCCGAAGGCUGGCCCCCCUCCCUGCCCUAGAUUGGGCCACAGUUUUACUAUUGUAAAUAGCAAAGUUUACUUAUUUGGUGGUCUGGCUAAUGAUAGUGACGAUCCCAAAAAUAAUGUACCAAGAUAUUUAAAUGAUUUGUAUACAUUGGACAUUCGCAGUCCAAUGCAAUGGGAUAUACCUAUUACCCAUGGACCAUCACCUCCUCCUAGAGAAUCUCACACAGGUGUUGCUUAUGUUGAUAAGAAGCGGCAUAAAUCAUUUUUGGUAAUCUAUGGUGGAAUGAGUGGGUGCAGGCUUGGAGAUUUGUGGUUUUUAGAUACUGAUGUAAUGACAUGGAGUCAGCCUAUUGUUUCAGGAAUCACUCCACUACCAAGGUCUCUUCAUACAUCAACUCUUAUUGGUCACCGAAUGUUUGUUUUUGGUGGUUGGGUUCCAGUAGUUGCUGAUGAAGGAAAAUUAGCAACAAAUGAAAAAGAGUGGAAAUGUACUAGUACAAUGGCAUGCCUUAAUUUAGAAUCUAUGAAUUGGGAAGAUUUAAAUAUUCUCAGUGGACACGAAGGCACUGUCCCUUGUGCUAGAGCUGGCCAUUGUGCAGUAGGAAUUAGUACUAGGUUAUAUAUUUGGUCUGGAAGGGAUGGAUAUAGAAAAGCCUGGAAGUUGAAUCAAGUGUGUUGUAAAGAUCUUUGGUAUCUGGAAGUAGACAAACCUCCUGCUCCUAGUAGGGUGUCCCUAGUAAAAGCAGGCACUCAUUCCCUAGAAGUAAAUUGGACGGGAUCACCUUCUGUACACACCUAUGUUCUUCAAAUACAAAAAUAUGACCUCCCCCCAACUCAAACACCAGCUCCAAAAUCAGCAGCAUCUCAACAAAGUACCGCUCAAAUUUUAAGCUCUCCUAAGCAAGCUCCAUCUGUGCCUGGCAGCCCACCUGGUAUUCCAGUUCAAACAAAAACAUCUACACCGAUUUUAAGCCCGUUUAAAGUACAAGUGAAAGCACGAAAUCCUGAUAAAGUUGCUGCAGUGACAACUCCUCAGACGCUUAAUUUACAAUCAGGCACAACUACAGUUCAAAUACAGUCUACAGAUAGUCCCGUGAAAGGGGUUCAGCAGAAUCAAGCACCUACAGGUCAGAUGUUUGGCAUCCAAGCAUUGGCGGCGGCGGCAGCUGCUACUCAGAAAAUAACUGUGGCUCAGCCUACCCAAAUAAAAUUAGCCAAUUCAGUGAGAGUUCAAGGUGCACCUAGUGCCACAAUAAUAAAGACAGCAACUACUCAACAAGCUGGCAAACCUGUCUUGGUCAAACAAGCGGCCAAUAUUCAAAAAUCCGGUGUCCAGCCGCAAGUAGUCACUCUUGUCAAGACCAGCACUGGCAUGACAUUGGCAACCUUGCCCAAGGGAGGAAGUAUUGUACAAACAAAAGCUCCUGGCCAAGUUAUUAGCCCACAAACAAAAAAUACUAUAGUUAAGCUUGUACCUAGCAAUUCCAAUAGUCUCAAUUCCAAGGUCUUGACAACCUUAAAAACAAUUCCUUCUAAUAUGAUUCAAAUGAAUAAAACGACAGGUAAAUUUGUUUUGUCAAAGGGACCUGCUGGUCAGAUUCCCACAAUAGGAAAUCAACAAGUUCUGGUGGUCAGUUCUACAAGUGGUCUUAAAAAUAUACAGACAGUGACCAACGCUCAGGCAGUAAACAUGUCAUUAGUGAAAACCAAUACUGUCACCACAAAUCCUAUAGUCACCGCAUCUUCACUUCAGUGGCUUCAAGGUGUUAAAAUUGCCAAACCAAUUACCAUUUCUAUGCCAAUGCAAGUUGUUGGAUCUACAAAAACAGUUACCCUUUCAAAAACUACCAAACAAGUAAUGAUUGGUGGUAAACAGCUGACAGUGCAGAUGGCAACUGGUUCCAACAAAACCUUAACUGUCGUUCAGCCAUCCCAAAUAGGCAAGAUUGUACGUCUUCCUACUACUUCAAACAUUAGUAAUAAUAUUGAACAGCCUAAAUUAAUGGUUGUUCAGAGACCAAAACAAACAACUCAGCCAUCAGUCACAUUAGCCUCAACUUCAUUCGAAACCCCAGUGACUACUGAUGCUGCUCUUGCGGCAUUAGCAGCUGAGGCUGGUCUUAUAGACCCUGAGUCUGAUAAACAGCUUGAACCAAAAGAUAUUGACAUGGUUUCUGUUGAUCAGAUGAUGGUAACUGACGACGGGAGUGAGGACGCGUCUGUUCUUUCUGAAAGCGCAGACGCUGCAGAGCUAUCUGCCAGUGGGUUAUUGGGUGGUAGUUUACCUUACAAAUUAACUUUAAAAGGUGGUGGUAGUCAUCCUCCUUCAGGUUAUCGGUAUAAUAAACUAGGUCUAAAAGGCGGCAGUAAAGACGAAGAUAUUUCCAAAUCGCCUACAACUACUGCAGAAGCCGACUCUACAGAAAAUGUAAACGGUCUGGCUAAGACAAAAGAAGAUAAUGCAGAGAAGACUGUCACUGACGAAGGAAUGGCGGUUGAACUUAACUCUACAGACAUAAAGAGCGAGCUAACCACAGAGGAUACCGCGACAUAUCAGUUUAAAGACGAGCCUGAAGAUACUUUAGACACUCUGAACGCAGGAGUCAGCGAGACGUCGCUUGAUUUAGAUUUGAAAAGUGAAGAGCCGGACAGCGGAUUCAAUUCCUCAUUCCAUUCGAACAGAAUAGGCGAGUUAGAAGGCGCAGACCCGGAAGACGAAGAUGAAGAAAUGAAUGAGCAAAUAGAUGAGAAAGACGUGUUGGAAAAAACAGAAGGAAGCGAAGAUCCUCUUGCAGCUCUAGCCACUGCAGCGCUAGAUGCCUCCAAAGGCAUACACAAGACUGAAUUGAAUGGUUCUGUUGUACCCCAAGAGCCUGUAAAGGGAACAUGGUAUACUGUAGGUUUUAUUAAAGGGACAAGUUACGAUGUACAAAGCUACUUCCUGCUGUCAGAUACGGACAAUUUGACAGUGGACGAACUUCCUGAAUUAUCGAAUUUCCCGAGAAUUAGUCUAGAGCCGGGCACAGCUUAUAAAUAUAGAGUGGCUGGAAUAAAUUCCGUCGGAAAAGGAGAGUGGAGCGAGGUUUCAGCGUUUAAGACCUGUGUGCCAGGCUAUCCUGGAGCGCCCUCGGCUAUAAAAAUCGCCAAAGCCAACGAUGGCGCCCACUUAUCAUGGGAACCACCAGGUUCGAACCCCCACGAAAUUCUAGAAUAUUCUGUAUAUCUUGCUGUUAAAGGAAAGGAAAAGGCAGGUAGUGGAUCUGUGCCCCAACAGGCCUUUAUUAGAGUAUAUUGUAAAUAA